AUGCCUCGGGUCAGACCUUUCUAUGCUGUGAAGUGCAACCCCAACCCGACCAUUAUCAGGAUGCUGAGUGGUCUUGGUACAGGGUUUGAUUGUGCCAGUAAGAAUGAGAUACAGCUGGUCUUGUCCCUUGGAGGGACACCUGAUAACAUCAUCUACGCACAUCCAAUAAAGCCACAGUCCCACAUCAAAUAUGCCAAAACUUGUGGAGUUGAGAAGAUGACAUUUGACAGUGAGGAGGAACUCUUAAAAAUUUCUCAAAUUUAUGCCACAGCAAAAUUGGUGCUACGAAUUGCUGUUGAUGACUCCAAAUCGCUGUUGAGACUCAGCUCAAAGUUUGGGGCCAAAAUGUCAAUAGUUGGCAAACUGCUGGAGCGCGCUCGAGAGCUGGGCUUAGAAGUCAUUGGGGUCAGUUUCCAUGCAGGCUGCGUAUGCACUGAUAGUGUGACUUUCAAGAAAGCCAUAGCAGAUGCACAAUGUGUCUUUGACAUGGCAAAUUCAAUGGGCUUCCAGAUGAGUCUCUUGGACAUCGGUGGAGGUUUUACUGGAAGGGAUGACACUGAAGUAAAUUUUGAACAGGUUUCAGAAGUUGUGAAUGCAGCACUGGAUGAAUAUUUCCCAUCUGACAGCGGAGUGCAGAUUAUUGCUGAACCAGGACGGUACUACAUGGACACAACCUUCACGUUGGCGGUGACCAUCACUGGAAGAAAAGUUGUCACAGAUGAAGGUGCUGAACACACCAAGAGUGAAGACGGCAAACCUGAACAACAGAUGAUGUACUUCAUUAGUGAUGGCAUUCAUGGGACUGGGAGCUGCCUUAUUGUUGAUCUUGCACAUGUCCAUCCCAGCCUUGUGCAGGCUGUGCAGCACAAUGAGCAGAUCUACAAGUCUGUUAUCUGGGGUCCGACGUGCAACAGCAAUGACAAAUUAACCGACAACUGCUGGCUUCCUGAGUUACAGGUGGGCGACUGGCUUCUGGUCGACAACAUGGGUGCUUACACAAUUUGUCUUGCCACUGAAUUCAACGGGUUUGAAAAGGCAGAUGUUUGCACUGUUGUGACCGCCAAGACAUGGCAAACCCUGAAGGUCACAGCUGCAUCCUGA